UGAGCGCAAAGGUGCUGCUAUGGCUUCCAGUGGGGUCACUGUGAAUCCUUCUGGCCCCGCGAAUGAAGCUCCAGAGAUCCCUGACAACGUGGGAGAUUGGCUUCGUGGCGUCUAUCGCUUUGCCACUGACAGGAAUGAUUUCCGGAGGAACUUGAUUCUCAAUUUGGGACUGUUUGCUGCAGGCGUGUGGCUGGCCAGGAACUUGAGUGAUAUUGACCUAAUGGCACCCCAGCCAGGGGUGUAGCCAAGGAGAUAGAUGGAAUCUCGGUGCAGUACUCAAGCCUUCCAAAAGCAGCCCACAGUGUGUGACCACCACAGGACAUGCCCCGAUGGCGGCUGAAGUUUGAUGCAGCGGGAGCCUCCCCCUUCCCUGCCUGGUUCUCUCUCCUCCCUUGAGUCCACUGGGAACUGUGCUCCCUGGUGAGCAGCCCAGCCCCCGCUAAGGUAUCGCUUCUGCUCUGUCAAGUUCUGUACAUAGUUCCCACAGUUUUGCACCGUGUGAGCGCUCCGGUCCUGAGGACUAACAAUGGUGUGUUAACAGAUAUGUGAAAUAAAGACUGCAUACAAGGACA